AUGAACAAAAUCAAAUAUAUAUCUUUAUUGUGGAAGCACAAUGCUGUCAAUAAUACAAUAUCGUGUAAACCUUAUUCCAACAAAUUAACUAAACGGCUGUUCAUAAAUGGAAAUAAUAAAUAUUUUAAUAAAAGGAAAAAUAUUAAACAAGUAAAAUGCUACAAAUGUCACAGGGAUAUAAAUGUUGACAAUGUUCCGUUCAGCUGUCAAAGUUGUAAGGCGCUAAUCAAUGUCGAUGUCUUUAAAAUUUUUAACUUUUUUGAGCUUUUCGGCUUCAGAAAAGUUAGCUAUGACUUAGACAAAAAUUAUUUAAAGAAAAAAUUUAAUGAUAUACAAAAAAUUUACCACCCGGAUAAGAAUGCACAGAAUUCCGAAUUAGAAAGAAUAAAUGAAGUCUCAAGUUAUUUAAACAACGCAUAUGGAAUUCUACUGAAUGAUAUAGAUCGGGCUUCCUACAUGAUAAACAUUCAAUAUAACUACAAGAUACCUGAAGAUGAGAAUCUAGAGGAUGAAGAAUUUUUGUCUGAAAUUAUAAAGAUUAAUGAACAAAUAAAUAAGCCUGAAAUGGACCUUUUAUUAUUGACAAGGGAAUAUAAAGACAAGUACGAGGAUCACGUUAAAAGGAUAAAAUUACAUUUCGAAGAAAAGGAUUUUGAAAAUAUAGUAAAUACUUUAAAAAAGUUAAAAUUUAUAAAUAAAAUUUUAGAGCGAUUAAAAAAUUUGUGA